AUGACUUCGACUUCCAUCCUCCUCCAGAACGCUACAAUCCUGGUUCCGUCACGACAUGGAACUGACCGUGUCGUCCCUCUCCGUGAACAUUCCCUGCUUAUCGAGGGCAACAGAAUCGCUCGGAUUGCCCCCAAGAUCGAUCCUCCGUCGCCCUCGACCGAGGUGAUUGACUGCACGGGGAAGAUCCUGUCGCCCGGUUUCGUCGAUACGCAUCAUCACCUCUGGCAGACGCAGUUGAAGGGACGGCAUGCCGACGAGGUGUUGCUGGAGUAUAUGACUUCAGUGAGUGAUUUCGCUCUUGUCAGUCAUGUCCAGUCUAUAGCUAAUGCAGGUUCCAAUGCCAUCUCCGCAACCGUCGCGUCCGGCAUUCGCUCCAUCUUCUGCUACGCACCGACUCGCCGAGUGAAGACGUGGCUGCCGGAGCUGACAUUCGAAGACUCGCUGCUCCCAGACUGGGUGAUGACGCAGCUGGAUGACCUCAUGAAAAAGGCUCCCUUCGGAGACGGUCGUGUCCAGCUUGGAUUGGCAUUUGACGCAGUAUACCUCCCGAAAGAGAUCGUGGUGGAUCUCUUUGAACGAUGCCGCCGAGGUGGAGUGAAAGUGAUCACCUCGCAUUAUGUGCGAGGCGCCGUAUUCGACUUGAUCGACGCUCAUGGUCUUCUGGGCCCGGACAUUCUCAUCUCCCACGCCUCGAACCUCACACAAUCGGACGUGGAGAAGAUGACGAAAGCGCGCGCCUUCGUCUCCUCGACCCCCGAUACAGAACUGCAGAUGGCGCUGGGAUAUCCCGUUUGCUUCCGGGAGGACAUGAAAGACAUCAGCUCGCUUGGCAUCGACUGCCACAGCAACAACUCGGGGGAUAUCAUCACCCAGAUGCGCCUGGGCCUGCAGGCAGAGGGGCGCGCCAUCAACAUGCAGGAUCAGAUCGGGUCGCUGGAAGAAGGCAAACUAGCGGAGAUAGUGAUCUUCGACGCCCUGAGCCCUGGGAUGAUCUGCGCGGCCGAACACGACGCCGUGGCUGCCAUCGUCCUCCACUCAUUUCUCCGUGAUAUCGACACCGUCAUUGUCGACGGACGCAUCCGCAAGCGAGGGGGGAAGCUUGUCCCUGUAGACAUUGACGAGCCAACUGCAGCAGCGGAAAUCGGCAAGAAUCGCGUCGAAUGGCGCGAUAUUGCCGCACAGCUGCUAAAGAGUCGCGCGAGGGUGGAGGAAGCGACGCGGCGAAACCGGGCCGACGACCAUGCCCGGUCGAGGGAGGGUUUGGCCAGAAUUUUGCGCAUCAACAAGGAGAAUAUCGUCUGA